UUUUUAUACUCUGUUUUAAGUGUUUGUCAGCACCUGAGGGGGAGUUUAACAAAAGACUGCUUGACUGAUUGUGCUAAAUGUAACUUUAUAUUCUACCGCCAUUUUCCGAAGAAUGAGCAGCAUUGUUGAGCACCAUGUGGCUUCAUGAGCAGUCUGCUUUAUUUACCCUUUAGAAAUAAAAGUCGUUUUCUAUUCAGGAAGAUUUUAUGUAUCCACCUGUGCAAUGCCUUUUUGCUGCUGUAGCUGUUUGAAUCUGCUAGUAUAGCUAGCGAAAUCAUUCAUGCAAAACCAGAAGAAAAAGGGGGAGGACUUUGUUCAGACUUUUCUUAAUCUUUAACUUGAUAUCAUCUAUUGAAUGAGUGUUUAAGAAGUCUGCUGGGAGAGAGAUGGAGAGUGACACUCACACACUGCCACCCCUUCCUACAUCUCUUUAUCCCACCACUCUCUACCAGUCCCCGCCUUUCUCCUCUCUUCUGCAGACUUCUUCCACUGUCCAUGUUUCACUCCCUCUGUCUCCUCUGUCGAUUCCACCAUGCCCUACUUGGCUUUCCCCCACAGCCCCAGUUUCCAUUCACCUCAAGACUGAAUCUCUCUCCCCUCUUUUAGACUCCCUGUCCCCCCCUCAGUUCCUUGACAGACACAACUUACACUGCCUCAACUCUCCAACCACAUCUGACCAAGAUGACUUGACCUGCCUCAACUGGUUACAUCAAAGAGGCAAUUUGCUUCCCCUGCAGCCCUUGCCCAAAACAACACCACUGCCCCAGCUGGAGCCCCAGGAUCCCAUACCUACCCAACACCACCUUUCCUCCCCAUCCAAGCCCCCUUACUCCUUCAGCAGUCUAAUCUUCAUGGCGAUAGAAUACUCGCCAGACAAGAGGCUCCCAGUGAAGGGUAUCUAUGACUGGAUAUUGAACAGCUUCCCCUACUACAGAGCAGCACCUGGGGGGUGGAGAAACUCUGUUCGGCACAACCUGUCUCUGAGUAAGAGCUUCUGUCGGAUUCACAGGGACAAGAACCAGUCUGUGGGGAAGGGCUCACUGUGGUGCGUGUGUCCAGAAUAUCGAUCCGCUCUUCUGGAGGUGCUUAGGAAGACCCAGUAUUACCAUAGCACUAACAGCAACUUACUAAACAACCCUGCAUUGUUGGAGGGAGCUGAUUAUGGAGUAUCUAUGGUGUGUGACACUGUGGCGAUCUCAGCCUUGACCUCAGACAACCCACCUCUCUCCUCAAAUCCACCUUGCCCUCUGACUCCUGACCAUGAGGAGCUUGUCAAUAUGGAGGCCGUGGAAUAUGAGGAAGAGGUUGGUGAGGAGAUGGAGAAAGACCCCCUGUCAGACAGCGGCUACAUAGAGUUCCAUUACUACCAGUAUCAUCAGUACCAGUAUCUGGUCCUGCCCGGGGACACUGAACUAGAUCUGGAGACUGUAGAAAUCCUGCAGCUGGAUGCUGAGGCCCAAGAGGCUGCUGGGUCACUUCUGGACCUGGCAGGGGGUGGACAUUAGACUGAUCUACAGAUAAUGACAUGCCUACACUGUGAUGCAAGGUGAUUAUGUUCAACCUGAGUGAUAGAAAUUGACAAUUUGCUGCUGUGUGUUGACACUGCCUGAGAUUUGAUUUGCUGUCAUGAAGUGAUAUAGCUACUAUGAUUGCAAAUCCAAGCCACCCUACCUGAAGCACUGAAACACAUUAAGCCACUCACCACAUUAAUUGACAUAAACCAAAUCUUGGCAUAUGCUUUUGGUACAAAUGAGGGAGAAAAAAGAUUGAUGCUGUACCGAUAUGAUGAUACGAAGAAUCAAGACCUCUGUAUUUUGAUGGAAUACUUCCGAUGAAUGAUAACAUGAGAUCUACUGCCAGUUAAUCCACUGUCAGAUUCAGGGGACAAAGAAAGUUAUGUUUAAUCCUCCUGAAUCUUUGUCUGUUCACGAUUAACAUAUUUUUUUAAUGUUUUAGAUUUUAUAAUCUCUUUACCAGGGGCAGCAUUUAUUAAACACGUGUUCUUGCGGAGAAUAUAUUUUAUAGGCUGUCUGAUUUGUUUGUUUAGAAAGAAACCUUAGACUUCUCAAUCCAUCUAUUUUUCACUUCUCAACUUAACAAUAAAGCACAAAUCUCUUUUAAAA